AUGGCUGUUUCUAAGUACUGGGGAGAUGAAAAAACUGAAGAUGCGGUUUAUGCUGUUUAUCUUAAAAAAGUUCGAUAUCUACCGCCUUCAAAUAAUGAUACUCUGGGACAUCCUCUCUAUCGACCUACUGAUCCGGAUUCUUAUCACUUACAAACAGAUAUGUCACCAGAUCAUCUUCAAUGGGAAACAAUUAAAGAACGAACAAUAAAAGCUGGAAGUGUUGACAAAUUAAUUGAAUCUCUAAUAGGUUCUGAUGAUCAAAUUGAUAAUAGACAUUUUAAUGUAUUCUUCUCAACAUAUCGUACAUUUACAACAUCUUCUAUAGUUCACAAAAAAUUAAUAGCAUGGUAUGAAGAAUUAAAUAAUAAUGAUUGUUGUAGUCAACAAGAUAUUCUUAAACAAGGUUGUAUAAGAAGUAUUUUUAGUUGUUGGAUAGAUUUAUUUCCAGAAGAUUUUUAUUGUGUACAAGGAAAAUUUGAAAUGCUUCAUAAUAUUAUACAAUUUAGUAGAUGUCAUAGAUUAACAGAUAUUAAAUCUAAAGCAAAAAAAUUAAGAGAAAGAUAUAGAUUAAUUGUAGCAGAAGGAGGGUUAACGCUUCAGUUACCAUCAAUUGAUAGAUAUACAUUUGCCUUGGGUUAUGAUCAAAAUGAUUAUUUAUAUUCUCAUGAAAGAGCAAAAAUGUUUGAUGUUGGUAAAGAAAAUUGUGUACAGAUUGCUGAACAGUUAACAUUUUGGGAUGCUGCAUUAUUUAAAGAAUUAUUAUCAUAUCAAUGUUUAGGUGCAACAUGGAGUAAAAGAAAUAAAGCCAUACCAGAAACUGUUUUUACAGUUCGAGCAACCAUUGAUCAAUUUAAUGCUGUUUCACAAAGAGUUAUGACAUCAAUAGUACUACCUGAAUGUAGAAAUGAUUUUAGGGCUAAAAUUAUAGAAAAAUGGAUUGAUAUUGCUAAAGAAUUAUUAAAUUUACGAAAUUAUUCAUCUUUAAAAGCAGUCUUAUCAUCAUUACAAUCAGAACCUGUUCAUAGGUUAAAAUCAACAUGGGCUAUUGUACAAAAAAGUUAUAUAUCUCUUUUUAAAGAAUUAUGCCAUAAUAUGGAUUCAUCUGACAAAAUGACUAUUGAUAGAAAUUAUUCACAAGAUGAUGAAAAUUCUAAAAAACCUCCAACUAAUGGUAAGAAAAACAGUAUUAUUGCAAUUGCCAGGAGAACAAAAAGUGAUGUUAAUUUACAAGAAUUUAGUGGUAUGGUUCCAUAUUUAGGUAAUGUAUUAACAAGAUUAACUAUGUUAGAUAAUAAAAUGUCUGAUAUAACAGAAGAUGGUUUGAUAAAUUUUGAAAAAAAACGUAAAGAAUUUGAAAUUUUAGCAAAAGUUAAAUUAUAUCAAUCAGCAGCCAAAAAUUAUAAUGUUCCAUUAGAUAGAGGUUUUUGUGCCUGGUUUUAUUAUUUACCAGCAAUGCCUGAAAAUGAAUGUUUUGAGAGAAGUUUAGAAAUUGAAAAAGGUUCAUCACAGACACCUGAUAUGAAAAAUAAUAGAAGAAAUAUUCCAAGACAUUCAAUUGCAACUGCUUUACCAACAUCAUUUAUUAAUAAUACAAAUUUUUAUAAAAAUAAUUUUGGUAAUGAUAUUAAUAUACGAGGUUUAAUGGGCCAACAUUCUAAUGAUUCGGGUAUAAAUACAGAAGAUAUUAAUUGGACUAUCUCACCAGAUACAACUACAAUUGAUUUAAAUAAUAGUAGUUGUAGUUGUAUAAGUAAUGGUACACCAAAAAAUGGUUUAAAUAAAAUAUCAAAUCAUUUACAACCAAUGAGUUAUAAUUUUAAUAGUUUAACAGCACCAUCAACACCAUCAAGUAGUAUCUCAUAUAGAGGAAGUGAAUUUAAUCCUAGUGGUUUACAAGGAUCAACACCAAGAAAACAAAUAUUAUUAGAAAUAAUGAAUGAAGGAUGUAAAAGUCCAAAUUGUAUAUAUGGAACAACUACAAGUGAUGGUGUUAAUUUAAAAAAAGGACAAAAACAUUAUGGUAGCCAUUUAUCAUCAUCUUCAACUGCCUCAUCUCAUUCUCAUCAAUCUUCAACAUCAUCAUCAUUAGGCUCACCUGCAAAUAUGAUACAAAAACCUAAUAUAUCAACUAUUAAUAGUGAGCAAUUAUUUUACUUAGCUAGAGUUGGUCUUGAUGACUCAUUACAAGAAGAUGGUGCUGGUGCUAAUUAUAAAUGUAUUAAAAUAUUAAAUAAUGAUCGUAUGGGUGAAUUAUUAGAUCGUGCCUUAGAAAAACAUCUUAUAUCAACAUCAGAUAGAUUAGAUUAUACUUUAAUUCAAUUAUUACCAGAUGGUAGAGAAUUUGAAUUACCAGAAUCUUGCCACCCAUAUUAUGCUGUAGCACCUGAUCCAUCAACACCAAUUCUAAAUAUAAUUAUACGUAAAAAAAAUGAUGAAUCAAAAAGUUCAAAAGGUCCCAGUGCAAAAAAAAUAAAUCGUAUGAAGAGGACAAAUCUUUUAAGGUGGAGUUCUGGAUAUUUAUAA